AUGGCAGAAGCUCACCAAGCUGUGGCCUUUCAGUUUACCGUUACUCCAGAUGGGAUUGAUCUCCGGCUGAGUCAUGAGGCCCUCAAACAGAUCUAUCUCUCCGGACUUCACUCCUGGAAAAAGAAGUUCAUCAGAUUCAAGAAUGGAAUCAUCACGGGCGUGUAUCCAGCCAGCCCCUCCAGCUGGCUCAUCGUGGUGGUGGGGGUCAUGUCUACCAUGUACGCCAAGAUCGACCCUUCUCUGGGGAUCAUCGCAAAGAUCAACCGGACCCUCGACACGACUGACUACAUGUCGGGCCAGACGAAGAACGUGGUCAGUGGUGUCCUUUUCGGCACCGGCCUGUGGGUGGCGCUCAUUGUCACCAUGCGCUAUUCACUCAAGGUCCUGCUCUCCUACCACGGGUGGAUGUUCACCGAGCACGGCAAGAUGAGCCGCGCCACAAAGAUCUGGAUGGGUAUGGUGAAGAUCUUUUCAGGCCGCAAACCCAUGCUGUACAGCUUUCAGACCUCACUGCCACGCCUGCCAGUCCCAGCCGUGAAGGACACCGUGACCAGGUACCUGGAGUCAGUCAGACCUCUCAUGAAGGAGGAGGACUUCAGACGCAUGACAGAGCUGGCGCAGGACUUUGCUGUCAACCUUGGACCAAAACUUCAGUGGUACUUGAAGCUCAAAUCCUGGUGGGCUACGAAUUAUGUGAGUGACUGGUGGGAAGAGUACGUCUACCUCCGAGGACGAGGACCGCUGAUGGUCAACAGCAAUUACUACGCCAUGGAUUUAUUGUACCUUGUACCUACGCACAUCCAGGCGGCCAGAGCGGGCAACGCCAUCCACGCCAUCCUGCUCUACCGGCGCAAGCUCGACCGGGAAGAGAUCAAACCCAUUCGUCUCUUGGGAUCCACCAUCCCGCUCUGCUCCGCACAGUGGGAGCGGAUGUUCAACACGUCCCGGAUCCCAGGGGAGGAGACAGACACCAUCCAGCACAUCAAAGACAGCAAGCACAUCGUCAUCUACCACAGAGGGCGUUACUUCAAGGUCUGGCUUUACCAUGACGGCCGGCUGCUGAAACCCCGGGAAAUCGAACAGCAGAUUCAGAGGAUCCUGGACGACCCUUCCGAGCCCCAGGCGGGUGAAGCCAAGCUGGCGGCGCUCACGGCGGGCGAGAGGGUGCCCUGGGCCAAGUGCCGCCAAACUUAUUUCGCACGCGGGAAGAACAAGCAAUCUCUGGAUGCCGUGGAAAAGGCAGCAUUCUUUGUGACGCUGGAUGAAACCGAGCAAGGGUACAAGAAGGACGACCCCGUCACGUCCAUGGACAGCUACGCCAAGUCCCUGCUGCACGGCAAAUGUUUCGACAGGUGGUUUGACAAGUCCUUCACGUUUAUUGUCUUCAAAAAUGGCAAAAUGGGAAUGAACGCAGAGCACUCCUGGGCAGACGCCCCCAUUGUGGGCCACCUGUGGGAGUAUGUCAUGGCCACCGACAGCUUCCAGCUGGGCUACACAGAGGAUGGACACUGUAAGGGGGAUACCAACCUGAACAUCCCUCACCCCGCCCGGCUGCAAUGGGAGAUUCCAGAGGAAUGUCAGGAGGUGAUAGAGACUUCCCUGAGCAGUGCGAAUAUUCUGGCUGACGACGUAGACUUUCACUCUUUCCCAUUUGAUGCCUUUGGCAAAGGCGCAAUCAAGAAAUGCCGGACGAGCCCAGACGCCUUUGUCCAGCUGGCCCUCCAGCUGGCUCAUUACAAGGACAGAGGCAAGUUCUGCCUCACGUAUGAAGCCUCCAUGACCCGGCUGUUUCGUGAGGGCAGGACAGAAACCGUACGCUCCUGCACCACCGAGUCCUGCAACUUCGUGCUGGCCAUGAUGGACCCACACCAGACAAUCGAACAGCGGUUCAAGUUGUUCAAGACGGCAUCUGAGAAGCAUCAGCUGCUGUAUCGCCUCGCCAUGACAGGUGCUGGCAUCGACCGCCAUCUCUUCUGCCUGUACGUGGUGUCCAAGUACCUGGCUGUUGACUCCCCCUUCCUGAAGGAGGUCCUAUCUGACCCUUGGAGGUUGUCAACCAGCCAGACCCCUCAGCAGCAGGUGGAGCUGUUUGACCUGGAACGGAACCCAGAAUACGUGUCGAGUGGAGGGGGCUUCGGCCCGGUUGCAGACGAUGGUUAUGGUGUGUCGUACAUUCUCGUAGGAGAAAACCUCAUUAAUUUCCACAUAUCUUCCAAGUUCUCCUGCCCUGAGACCGACUCUCAUCGCUUCGGGAAGCACCUGAAACAAGCCAUGUUGGACAUCAUUAGUCUGGUUGGGUUCACGGUGAAUUCCAAAAAGUAA